CUGGCGAAGAAGAGGAGGAAAGAGGAGAAGAAGGUUGAGGUGAUAUUUGCGUCCGAGGGAGACCUCACCGGGACGGGACAGGUAGCGCUGACCUCUUAUCGGCGGAUGUUUACUGUCACGGUGUACAUUACAGAAUAGAUAAUGCACAGACAUGGUGCCUUGUCAGACCCAUGUGUUGCUAAAGUGGCAGGAGCACUUCAACAGCUCCUGGGCAGCAGAAGACGGCGUCCAGACCGCCAGGAGGCACCGAGCUGCUGCGCUCUACAGUAAGCUCCUCCACAACAAGGAAGUGGUGACUCUGGCCCAGCCUGUCCAAGAGCUCGUUGGCCCGCGCCUGCCUGACUUCGAAUGCGAGUCCAAUGCCUCGGCGGAGAAGGAAGAGUACCUGUCAUCUCUGCUUCACAGCCAGCGAUGGCUGGCUCACCGCAUGCUGACGCAAACCUCCUACACCUUGGGCCUCCACCACAGGCUGGUUGUUCUUCAGAGGAUCUACUACGCACUUCACAGCAAAUACCAUGACAAAUUCCGUGUGCAGCUGCCCUCGCAGUCCACCGACAGCGGGGCUGAAUGUGGGCAGCUUGAGCUGGCCUCAGAGCCUUGCCUGCCAGGGGCAGCAUCCAAAAUUAAGUCAGGUACAGAUGUUCUGAUAGAGAUGGGUGUGAGGACAGGUUUGAGUCUGCUCUUCUCACUACUGCAGCAGAACUGGAGAUACGCAGCCUCUGUGCACCCCGAGUCGGUGCUUUGUAAUGAUGUGCUCGCCACAGCCUCCUCUGUGCUUGCUUCGCUGCCACCGCUCUCUCUGGCCAAUGAGAAUAAGAUCCCAUCAGUGGGGCUGGACUGUCUGGCACAGGUGGCUGACUUCCUCAAGAAGACAUCAGUGAGCAGUGAGACUGGCGGGGCAGACCCCACCGGUCGGAGGCUAGCGCUGGAGCUGCUGCUCGGCCUGGCCAUGCAAAGAGGCUCUCUGAAGUUUCUGCUGGAGUGGGUGGAGGUAGCUCUGGCUGCUUCCAUGUCCUCAUGCACCUCCACACUGUCUUCCUCCUCCUCGCUGAGCUCACAGCAGCCAGCGGGUGUCGGCUUUGAUGUCAUCCAUCAAACCCUUUUCCAAAUGAGGCAAUAUUCGGGUGUCCGUGGAGAAUGUGCCAAUGCUCAGGUGCUGAUGAAGGACGCAGAUGGACUUUGUCGGCUCUCCCAGGCGGCUCUCUGCCUCUUUGAGGAGAUUUGCAACCUGGCGUCCUACUGCCUGUGCUCCUGCAGCACUGAUGCAGCUUCUCCUGGUACAGAGAGCGAUAUGGUCAUGGUGUACGUGUGGGGCAGCAACAGCAGCCAUCAGCUGGCAGAGGGAACUCUGGAGAAGAUCCUCCUGCCAAAACUGACACAGGGCUUCAGUGACGCCCAAAUGAUUGAGGCGGGUCAGUACUGUACGUUCUCAGUAUCUGCAGAUGGUUCUGUGAAAGCAUGUGGAAAAGGCAGCUAUGGCCGUCUGGGUCUGGGGGACUCGAAUAAUCAGUCCAUGCCCAAGAAACUUGUCCUGGAGCCACAUAGGAACAUGAAGAAAGUGUCGUCCUCCAAGGGCUCUGAUGGUCACACUUUGGCCAUCACUGUAGAAGGAGAGGUGUUCAGCUGGGGAGAUGGAGAGUAUGGGAAACUGGGCCAUGGCAACAGUGCUACACAGAAAUACCCCAAAAUCAUACAAGGACCACUGUUUGGCAAAGUCGUAGUUUGUGUGUCUGCUGGCUACAGACACAGUGCUGCUGUGACUAAUGAUGGAGAGCUCUAUACGUGGGGAGAAGGGGACUUUGGCAGACUUGGUCACAGUGACAGCCAGAGUCGGAACAUGCCCACGCUGGUGAAGGACAUCAGCGGCGUAGGUCAGGUGGCCUGUGGCAGCUCCCACACCAUCGCCGUGGCGCAGGAUGGACACACUGUGUGGUCGUUCGGUGGAGGAGACAACGGUAAACUAGGUCAUGGAGACACCAAUCGUGUGUAUCGCCCCAAGGUCGUAGAGGCCCUGCACGGAUUCAUCAUCAGGAAAGUCUGUGCUGGCAGCCAAUCGUCUCUGGCUCUUACUUCUGCUGGACAGGUGUUUGCAUGGGGCUGUGGCUCGUGUUUAGGGUGUGGCUCCUCUGAGACGACCUCUCUGAGGCCCAGGUUCAUAGAGGAUCUGAGCAUCACCAAGAUCAUUGAUAUCUCAUGUGGAGACAGCCACUGUCUGGCCCUGUCUCAUGAGAAUGAAGUGUAUGCCUGGGGGAACAACACCAUGGGCCAGUGUGGGCAAGGCCACACUUCUACGCCUAUCACCAAACCUAAGAAAGUACUUGGUCUGGAGGGCGUGUCCAUCCAGCAAAUCACUGCAGGCACUUCUCACAGCCUGGCCUGGACCGCAGUUCCAACUGACAGGCAACUGGUGGCAUGGCACAGGCCCUUUUGUGUCGACCUGGAAGAGAGUACAUUCGCCUACUUACGCAACUUCCUAGAAAGUUACUGUGAUGGCAUCGGGGACGACACCCCCCCUGCUCCAUUCUUAUCUAAAAGGGACCACCAUCAGUUUCUUUUGCUGUGCAUGAAGCUGCUGUCCAUCCACUUGUCUUUGGCCCAUGCUGGGGGCACUGGUGCCAUGGUUCUGGGGGCUCAGAGCCGACCUCUCAGAAACCUGCUCUUCAGGCUCAUAGACACCAAUAUGCCAGACUCCAUACAACAGGCAGUUUUGAACACGUUGUCUAUUGGUGCUUCUCUGCUGUUGCCUCCGCUGAGGGAAAGAACAGAACUGCUGCUCUCCCUCCUUCCUCAGGGCCCUCAGAGCUUGAAUGUCCUCUCCAAAGGCCAGCGUCUUCAGUUAGACAUGGUCCUCAGCAGCCUUCAGGACCAGAGCCAUGUAGCGUCUCUACUAGGUUACAGCAAUUUUGGGGAGGUGACAGCCCUGGGACCCCCUCUGACACCUGCUGUGUCAGUCCGGCCGCCUUCUUCAUCCAGCUCCUCUGAGUCCGAUGACCCUCUGCACUUAGCAGAGGUGCUCCUCAGAACCCUGCUCCUCAGCAUAGGCUUCUACACGGAGCGGGCAUUUGGGGAAUUGGAGAAAAACAGUGACAAGCAGCUUUCUAGUGAUAGCCAGGGACAAACUGAUCCUCCCUGUCACUUCCACCAGCUUCUGUCUGGACUGCACAAACACCUGCUCGCCCAUUGCUACAUCCAUACCAGCCUUGAGGUCCACACUGAUUCUGCUGUUCUGCAGGACGACAGCAGUGUAACGCUGCUUCGUGAGCAUCUUUACCUGCUGCUUCCCUGUGCUGCUGAGACCCUCAAGAGAUCCACCAAACUGUUAAAGGAGAGUUCCCUGGAUAAACAAAUCAUCAAGAAGCUAAACACGGUGUUGUACAACUCAGUGGCUGGCAACAUUCUGUGCCAGGUAAUGUAUUCCUUGCUGCUGCUCCCACUGAGCACAGUUCAACCCCUCCUCAGCCAUUUACUGGCCUUGCUGGAGCAGCUCAAUGAUUUCAAUAGGUUGCUGCCAGAGACAGAGCUGCUGGAAGAACAAGAACUGGGGAUAGAACCUCAGAAGACCUGUUUGGAUAAAAGUGAAGGAAACCAAUGCCUGGGACAACAGCAACAGGAGGAGUGCAAGUGGGCAUGGCUGUUGGACCUGGAACGGUCUGUAUCGCUGGCAGUCGGCCGUUGCCUUGGUGGUAUGCUGCAGGGCCCGCCGCCCUCGCUCGAGGAGAAAACGUCAGAGUUCUGGCUAUCAAAUAUCCUGCUCAGGAACGGCCUUGAGAUGGACUACGAACAGCUGGACUCUAACAUGGCGUGGCUGACUGAGGUGCUGCUCCUUGGCAGCAGCGAUGCCCGGCUUGCUGAGCUGAGUCUGAAUGAGGAGACCAGGACUUUGCUGGAGCUGGCUCUGGGAUCCUCCAGAGGAGCUGCAUGUGGAAUGUGGAGGAAGAUGGAGGAGUAUGCUCAAAGCAAAGAGUGGGAGAGCGGAGGCUCUUCAGGCGACUGUUUGCUGAUGAAGGUCUGUCGCUGCAGUCUGGCUGCUCUGCUGAAACACACAGGUCUGCAGAAUGAGGCCUGCUUGCAGGACAGAUACGAGCCCUGCGAGAUGCUUUUAGACGUCUAUGAAACAGUUUAUAAAAUCAGAAGCACUCUGCUGGCACAUAAAAACUCUCUAAGGACGUCACAGGUGCAGGCUGCUGCCAAACAGACUGCUCAAUCGCCCCAAAGUCCUGAUGCAGACAGGCAAGAGGCAGUGCCAUCAGUGGAGCAAGUGGGAAAGGAUCAUGUGCAGCCGUCAGUAGGUCACUGUAGCCAGGAGGUGCAGGUGACGUCAACUGCCACAGCCAACCACAACCAGGAGGAGGUUGCAGAGGAGGAUGCGUUUGGAAAUAGCCGUAUGUACCUGUCAGAAGUCCUAGAAUCAUUCAUGGCCACCCGGGAGGCCAUGCAAGUACAGCAGAAUGUGACGGUGUACGAGUCCUUCGGCACCUCCACCCUCCCCAGCAGCAUGGAAAGCCCUGUCAGUCCGGACAGGGGGCCGGAUCCCAAAACCCAGUGGGAGAACCAGGGGGAUUCUGAGGAGAGCUUGUCUUUCCACGCCGCCUGCCAUCUGGUGGUGUCCCGCUGUCUUUUCCUCCUGCUGGGGGUGCGGCCUGCUUGGGUGGAACCUGGCGAACGGGAGAACAGUUCGGCUACUGGAGCGAGGAAAUCAUCAACAGAAUCCUUUUCAAUGACUGGUGAUGGCAGAAAACAGUCUGACCAAUCCAAAAUCUCCUCGGGAUCAUCCAAGAAUAAAAUGGGAUUACCUCUGUGUUCUCUGGACAUCAUGAAAGACGCCUGGGAUCGCCUGCGACAGUGCAUCAGUCCGACCGCCACCAUGUCCAACUAUGGCAACAACGCUUUGCCGAUUCUUAACCAGGUGUUCCACUUUGCCUGUGGAAGCCUGAUCCACUUUUCAUCCUCCUCGCCAACACUGCCGGGUGGACAGACGUGUAGUCAGGCAGAUCCAAAGGCCAUUUCGUCUGCUAUACUGCAGCAGCAACAGAGGGCUGAGAUGCGCCUGGAGGCUUUGUGUCAGAUGUCGUCCUUCCUGUCCAAGAUGGAGGAAAAGAGCAGUGGCUGCACAGUCGCCCUUCAGUUUCCUGCAUUGCUGCAGUCCGUGCAGCUUCAGUUCCUCUCUGGAUGCUUUGCUUUGGGGACGCAAAUCAUUGGCUCUCCCUCAGGAGCUUAUUAUGAGACGCAGCAUUACAUGUCUGGUACAAGUUCAGCUUGUAUUGAUACGCAAAGAGAGCUGCAGUCUGCAGCCCACACCUUCUUCCAGCAGGUGGUGCGUGUCCUCAGACAGAGAGUCCUGUUUGAAAGAGAACACACAGGUUCCUCUCAGCACCUUCUCCUGGCCACAAUGUUUGCACUGAAUUUCUGCUACCAGCCAGUGGACCUGGUGCUGGUCAUCAAAUGUGGCAUCCUGGAUGUCCUGUCUGUGCUGACCAACAACAGCUGUGCUCUGAUGAACCAGAGCUGGUUUGCAGCCUCUGCAUCUGGAUCUAUGUUAAUGAACGGGUCUGUCAGACUAGCUUGUACGCGCCUGCUUCAGAUACUGACUGUAGCUGCGAGCUCCUGUGAGGAUUCACUGCCUCUCGACGUGUCCCAAGCUCUAAUGGAAGUGAUGUGUGAGCAGCUCCAAAAUGUCCUGCACGCUUUCCACCAACAGCAGACCGCGGAGAGAGGAGCAGCUGAGAGAACAGAUCCCGACUCCAGUAGCAAGACUGCAAAUCUAGUUGGAAAGGAAAGCAGCAAAGUGGUUGAAUCUCAGCUUGCAGAUUUCUUGGUGUUUCUGAGGCGUGUGCUGUCACUACGAGUAAUGAAAAGACUUUCUACUUUUGUCAAAUGGGUCGAUCCACUCAUGGCCAUUAUUUCGCACAAGUGCCCUUUAGGAUCUCCCUGCUUCCAGAACCUUCGCACUAAGCUCCUGGCUUUUCACGUUUUAGAAAGACUGUUACCUGCUUGUUCGGAGCCAGUUCAAAUUCAACAGAUUGUUAAACAGCUCUUUCAGCUCUUGUCUGUUUGUAUGUGGGAGGAACCACUCACCGAGAAGAACCACGAGGACAAGGAAAAAGACACGGGGAACCAUGGCAGCUACGAUGAAUGUAUUCCCAUUGGAGAUUUUUCCUUUGACCCACACAAGCUGGUCUGUUGUUCUUUGGAGAGUGGGAACAUCCUCUCCCAUGGCUCAGGAGGGAAGGGUUACGGCCUGGCAACCACUGCCAUCACCUCUGGCUGUUUCAUAUGGAAAUUCCACAUUACCAAAGAGAACAGAGGCAAUGAGGGCACAUGUGUGGGCGUGUCACGCUGGCCAGUCAGAGAUCACAACCACCACACCACCACUGAUAUGUGGCUGUAUCGGGCUUACAGUGGCAACCUGUACCACGGUGGGGAACUAGUCCGCACACUUCCCUCUUUUACCCAGGGAGACACCAUAACCUGCAUCCUGGACAUGGAGGCUCACACCAUUUCUUUUGCUAAGAAUGACAAGGAGCCAAAGUUGGCCUUUGAAAGUGUGGUCGCCUCUGAACUGUACCCAUGUGUGUUGUUCUACAGCAGCAAUCCUGGAGAGAAGGUGGCGCUGCGUGACCUGCAGAUGAGAGGCAUGCCCAGUAACCUACUUCCCGGGGAUCCCCUCUGCAGCCCUCGGACGAUGGUGCUGCUGGAGUCAACAGUGCAUCUCCUGCGUCGGCUCCAUCAGUGUGACGCGUGGGCCUUGCACAUCAACCACUACAUCCACACCCACCUGGAGCUCAUUGGUUUUCUGCUGAAAGAGGAGGACUUAGGAAGCUACACUCAGGGCUUCAGCUCCACACGCUUUGAGAAAGAAGAGACUGAAAGAGACAAAGGCCUGGCUGGUGACGACGCAAGGGAACUGCUAGCACAUGGCCGGUCGCUGUCAGAGGCCAAACUGGCUGCUCUUUGCACUGAAGUGUGGCCGGUACUGGCUGUGAUCGGAGGAGUGGACAGUGGUCUGCGGGCUGGAGGUCUGUGCUUGCACAAGGCCAGCGGACGCAGGGCUAUUCUGCUCGGUGUCCUGAAAGAAGGAAGCUCCCUGGUCAAGCUCCAGUGGGAGGAGGCAGAACUCUCCGUCAGCUCCAUGAAUUCUUGGUCACCCAGCGACACCCCGGCCAUCUCACUGGAGUCCUGCGAUGUUUCUUGCUGCGACGUCACCCGCCUCGGAGGUCUCAAACCAACAGUGUUGUUGGAUCUGAUUUAUUUGAUGGGGCUGCUGGAGGAGCAGGGGUGGCUGGGAGCUUAUCCCCCCGCCAAAAGGAAAUACUCAGAGGAGAACACGGAGACACAGAGCUGUCUGGAUGAAAACGUGUCAGAUGAAAUCAGAUGGCUGACAGAGGACGACAGGAAAAGGUGUAAGGAUCAGAAGGUUGAGACGGAACCCUGCAUUUCACCGCCCUCAAACAAAGAUGCCUCAAAGAUUGCUGACCAUCAGGAGUCAACAUCUCAACCCCUACCUCACCAAACGUCUCAAACCUCUAAAGUGGAUGCCUUUGCACUUGAACUGAGAGCGGUUAGAGUCUCAUAUCUUCUCAUUGGAGCUCUGAAAUCUCUUACUGUCAUUUUUAGCUGUGAGAAGCUAUCAGAUAUGCUUAUAGUGCCAAAGCAUGACCCCUCCAACUCCUCAGUGAGUCCCCUCUCCAGCCUGAACCCUGACCAGGCUAAGGGCAGCUGCAAACAAUGGGAUGAGAGCGCUGAGCUGAGAUCAGUGCUGCAGUAUGUGGUGCAGAGCAUGGUGAAGUGGGCGGUCAGGCCCUGUCCCAUCAAACAGAGCGUGUCUCUGUCCGACCUGGAAAGGGCUCAGGUCAUGAUCUACAAGGGAGCCCUGAACAGACUGCAGGAGGACAAAGAACGCAAAGAAUCCGGCCACCACUUGUCCUCUCAGCCCAUCUCCAAGUCCUCCAGCUCUGUGUCCUUGUACAGCGCAGGUUCGGAGGGCACCGCCAUCUUCGGCCAAUCAAACCGAGCGUCUGCCUCGUCCUCCAACACAGACUUGGCAUCAUCUCUGCCAACAAACCUGCAGGCGGAUGGCCUUGAUAAUUUCAACCCUUUCCUCCCCAUCAGCCUCCUCCAGCACAUGGUACUAACUCGGUUCCCCACGCUUACCGGCCUGGUUAGUGCUCCCCCCGUUCUGCACCCUUGCUUCAGCCUGGCCAGCUCUGCUUCUUGUGACGCCUUCACAGAGCAGCAGACUAGCUUCAUGGAACCAGGUCCCUGCAGCACACAGGCCAGGAGCAGCCUGGAACGGACACAAAUGUUUGUCACCAGUCGGUUGCUAGAAAUGGGAUUCUCUAUGAGACAUAUCUACUGGGCCAUGGAGGCAGCAGUUCAACUUCCCUGUGGUCCCCCCCCCCCAGAUGUAGCUGGUGACUUGGACUCACAAACCAUCGAGGUGUUGGCCAGCUGGAUGCUCGAGCACCCCCUGACUGAGGAGCAGCUGGCGGCCGAGUCACCGAGACCCGAGGGAGCUCCUGAGACCCCGUCCUCGGAUGGGCCAGAGACGGUGCAGUGUCCCGAGCGCCCCACCAGUCAGCCCACUGAAAGCCUGUUGCCAGGGCUGGACUGGAUAGAGAGGGAGAGCUUCUUGGACGUCCACCUGACCAGGAACAGACCUCCUCCAGCCCGGCGGCGUCGCUCAGGCUCAACCCAGAGGACGUCGUUUCGAAGGGCGGGUCAGAAAAACUACUUAGUAAAUUACUUGCCAUCACCCAACACCCUCCCGCAGCUGUACCAACAACACACAGCGGUGGGCGAAUGGCCGGAGCAGGUGGAGUUUCAUCCGUACUCUGCUGAGGACGAGACAGAGUUGGGCUACAUGGACGACCCAUACCAUGAGGAAACUUAUGAGGAUCUGCUCACCUUCAGUUUGGAGAGAGACACACUCCAGAUAGUAGAGGCCGGAGAAGAACACAGCCAGAUGGUGAAGUGCGAGUUGUGCAACACCCUCACGCUGCAGUUCAACAAUCACAUAAAGCGGCGCCACCCGGGGUGUGGGCAGAGUGCUGCACGAAAGGGCUACGACAGCACCGGGGCCUACGUGGACGUCUGGUUCAAAGGGGAGUGCGGCUCAAACUUUCCAUUCUACCUCCUGUGCAGCUCCUGCAGGGAAAAGUAUCUGGCUGCAAACCUGAGCGACACAGCUUCUAAAUAUGAAAGGAUUAAAGGUCUGACAUCUGAUCUGAUUGGCCAGCUAGACAGCACCUCAGAUGAUGAUUGGGAAAUGAGCCACCAAGACGAGUGUGACACAGAGAAGCUGACAGGACUGGAGGACUUUGGCCUCCUGCUGAGACCCCUGGGGCUGACUGAGAAGAAGCUGGUGCCAGAUGCCAUAACCUUCACUGAACCAGAUCCACUCGGAGCUCGGGUUUACAGCACUGCUGACCCAGCAAGAGCAGGAGCUCCCAAAGGGAAUGCCCUUGUUGAGCAGAAGACCUCUCUGAGCCUGGGACAGCAGGCGGUGUCACUGAGGGACUCUCAUGAUCGCCUGAAAGCUCUUAGAAGAGUCACCUCCACAGCCCAGAUUCUGCUCGCUUACAGCAUGGUGAUGAGAGCUCUGUCUCAGACCGCCUCUAGUGCCUCAGUGUGCAGCCAGUCCAAUGGAUUAGAGUCCUUGGGUCUGGCAGAUAUUCGCAUCCUGGUGCGUUUGAUGACUCUGGCAGCGGGGGGCAGGGCUCACACCUCUGUGGACAGACAGUCAGGUGUGAAGGGAUCAGAACGCAACAACUCCACCUGCCUCAGCUUCCUAACCUCAGCCAUCGGCAGCGUGGUGUCCCAUAGCUCUACUGCUUACAGACAGCUAGUGGAGAUAUGCACUCAGAACCUAAUGGCCGCGGCUACAGGCGUGAACAUCGGGGCCAUUGGUGAUCCACAGCAGAGAGGUUGUCCGAACUCCAGUCUAACAGCUGCAGCACAGGGAGCCCAGAUGCAGAAAGACUGCAGCGACCAGACACCCCCAACCUUCCUGGUCACACAGAGCCUGGUGUCCCUGCUGACUGAGAAGGGCGUUCACUGCUACGGCCCAGACAGGACUGAACACGAGACCAAUGAUGCAGGGAACCACGGGGUGUCUUCUUCGUCCUUGCCUCCUUCCCCUUUGCCCCAUGUUAGUGCCAGAGUGGGCCCUCUGGAGCUGGCAAAUGCGUUGGCAGCAUGUGUCCUGUCUGCCAGGCUCACCAGCAAACACCGCCAGUGGGCAACGCAGCAGCUGGUGCAGUUGUUGGCCUCCACAGGAAGGGACAUUCCUAAUCGUCCCCAAACAUACAGCGACCUGGCAGGUGACUUGCGCAAAUGUCCCCUCAAGAGGCUGGAAGGACAUUACAACAAGGUGGCCAGCUGCUCCUGGAGCAGUGAGCAGAAUUUGCUGGCCACAUGCUCCCAAGACAAGGUGGUGCAGCUAUGGAGCAUCAGCCACAACACAGCAGAGUUACAGACCACCUUCUCCUGUAUCACCAGUAAGACAGACAGAUCAAACAGUGAGACGCCUGGUAGAUGCCAUCACAUGUCUCCUGUCUACUGGAGCACAGAAGGAAACUUCUUGGCUUCACUUGAAAACAAACAGAUCAACAUCAUGACCAUCAAGGGCUCUCACUGUCACGUGGAGGCUCAAGUGUCCCGGGUCACGGCCCUUUGCUGGGCUCAGACCUACAGCCUGUGGGUUCUUGAGCAGCCGGUGGGAGGUAAGAAUAGACCUGCUGAAAGCCUGUUGGUGGGUCGGCUGGACGGGUCCCUCUGCUGGCUCCAGAUCACGAUGCAGGAAAUGGAGCUGCAAGUGAAGAGCACUGAACUCAGCCACUGCCACAGGAAGGAGGCUCCUCAAUGUGUGGCCUGGCACAGUGAGGACAAGCCAUUUGCAGUGGGAUAUCCCAAUGGAAAGAUCCUUCUGGCCACGACUGAGACCUUUGUGAAUGAGCAGCCAGUAGUUCUGUCUGUCUUCCAGGACAGUGUGACUUCUCUCAAAUGGGACCCCACGGGUCACUUGCUGCUCUGUUUGGGAAGGUCGGAGGUGACAAAGAUACUGGGAAACUCUGGUGGAACCUGGGUGACCCUGCACUCCCUCAUUCACAGCAGCACCGUUAACAUCGCCGAGUGGUGCCCACUCGCUGGCAGAGCACCUGAACCCAGGCUCAUGAUGGCUGCAGGUUGUCAGAAUGGAUCUGUGUAUGUCUGGACACUGCCACAGGGGGGCACUGGUGUGUCUUUGUACAACCUACUGAACAACCCUCAAGUCAAAGAAAAAGACAAUGAUGUCAAGGACAGUGCAAAGUCUGUGUUUGUACUUCAUGGCCACAUCACAGCGGUGAAGUCUCUCUCAUUUUGCUCCAGUGGACUGACUCUGGUUUCUGGCGGGAUCGGGGGACUGCUCAACAUCUGGUCCUUACAGGAUGGUUCAGUUUUACAAACUGUAACAGGAUUGGGUUCAGUUGUGAGUACGACCUGGAUACCAAGCUUGGGUAUCGCUGCCUGCUUUGGGAGAUCAAAGGAUGUUUUGUUGAUCUGCUGCACCCCCGACUGGAUGAGUCAGAAUCACGUGCUACCUUCCUGCCGUAUGGUUCUCAGAAGCCAGAACAUCCUGGGUCUAAAUCGGGCGCCUUGUUUGGCUGUGUUUCUGGAGAGGCUGCCGUUGCUGUUACAGGAGCAGUACAACCAUGAGCGGACCCACGUGGCAGCAGGUGACCAGCUCGUCCACAGUGCCUUCCUUCAGAGCCUGGCCUCCCUGACUGUCGGCUUGUCCUUGGAGAAACACCUGUGCCGCUUCCCACGCCCUCCACACCACAGCGGCACUGACGCCAACUCCUGCCCCUCAGAGUGGAGCUGGCUCGCCACCUACGCCACCACCAUCCGCAGCGCUGAGGCUAUCGCUAGCGGUACUGCUUUCCCAGAAUCCUUCAUUGUGUCAGAGUUUCAGGAGGAGGAAGACAGUGAAAUUAUCACCGCACUGGACAACAGCAAGUGGAGCUUCAGGAUGGAUGAGCAGCUGAUGUCUUGGGCGACCACCAGACCAGAGGACUGGCAACAAGGAGGAAAGACUGAGGUCUACCUGUGGGGGAACGGACGUUACGGACAGUUGGCAGGGAUGGGAAACAACCUCAUGAUGCCAACUCUUGCACCGACUCUGGCACAGACACAACAGGUUGUGUGUGGACAGAACUGUACCUUCCUUUUACAGUCCAAUGGGACUGUGUUAGCUGUCGGAGAAGGACAAUAUGGCAGACUGGGCCAGGGGAAUUCUGAUGAUCUCUAUGUCCCCACUAUUAUAUUUGCUUUUCAAGGGUAUGUAGUGACUCAGCUGGCGACGUCUUGUGGGUCCGAUGGCCACUCCAUGGCCCUGACCGAGACCGGGGAGGUGUUCAGUUGGGGAGACGGAGAUUUCGGCAAACUGGGUCACGGCAACAGCGAAAGGCAGAGGAGACCCAAACAGAUAGAGGCCUUACAGGGGGAAGAGGUCGUUCAGCUUGCUUGCGGGUUCCGGCACUCUGCUGUGGUAACAGCAGAUGGGAAGCUGUUCACCUUUGGCAGCGGUGAAUCUGGCCGUCUGGGUCAGAGGUCAACAUCCAACAAGAUGCUGCCCGAACGAGUGGCAGCGCUAGAGGGAUAUCAUGUGGGGCAGGUGUCAUGUGGACUCAACCACACUCUGGUGCUGUCCCUCGAUGGUAUGGUUGUGUGGGCAUUUGGAGAUGGAGAUUACGGCAAAUUAGGUACCGGUUCUUCUACAGCGAAGUACUACCCACAGAAAGUGGAGCAGCUGUGCAACAAGGGAAUUAAGAAGGUCAUUUGUGGAACUCAGUUUUCUGUGGCGUUGGCCUGUGACGGACAUGUUUACACCUUUGGACAAGAGCGUCUGAUCGGACUGCCAGACUCCAUGCUGAAGAACAAAUCCUGCCCUCAGGUGGUGCCGUCACUGGAGGGGCUCUUCAUAGAAGACAUUGCUGUGGGAUGUGAACACGUCCUCGCUCUGUCCUCCACUGGAGAAGUCUACGCCUGGGGCUGCAACAGUGAGGGACAGCUUGGUCUUGGACACGCCAACCAAGUGAAAGAGCCCACACUCAUAACAGCCCUGCAGGGGAAGAACAUCAAACAGGUCUCUGCUGGCCGCUGCCACAGCUCAGCAUGGACCACCCCCUCUACCUCGACGAUAAACUCAGGUGGCUCUGGAAAUUUCCAGCUUGGCCUUCCCCAGUCAGUCCCUCCUCAGUACAACACCCUGAAAGACUGCAGCCCUGAUGUCCUUAGCAUGCGUCUCAGGGUCCUCUACCACUUUUCUGAUCUUAUGUACAAGUCCUGGAGGCUGCUCAACCUGGACUCCAAAAAUCGAGUGUCCACUUCACGCUACAGUUCAGGGACGACAGCCAUCAUCCGGGGCGAGCUCCGAGGUCUCCUGUCCCCCAAGGUCAACACUCUGCCUCUCGUGCGCUGCAUCGGCAAAACAAUGACCCAGGGCAAAACGUAUGGGCCACAGAUCACUGUGAAACGGAUUUCCACAAGAGGUCGCUCCAGUAAGCCCAUCUUCGUGCAGAUCGCUAAACAAGUCGUGGGCUUAAACCCUCUGGAGCUUCGGCUGCCGUCACGAGCCUGGAAGGUCAAGCUGGUUGGAGAGGGAGCCGAUGAUGCGGGAGGAGUGUUUGACGACACCAUCACUGAGAUGUGCCAGGAGUUGCAGGCGGGUGUGGUGGAUCUCCUGAUUCAUACUCCCAACAGCUUUGCAGAUGUGGGCAGUAACACUGACAGGUUCCUGUUGAAUCCGGCAGCACUAUCAGAGGAAAACAUGGUCCAGUUCCGCUUCCUGGGAAUCCUCAUGGCCGUGGCCAUUCGCACCAAGAAGCCUCUGGACCUGCAUCUGGCUCCAUUGGUGUGGAAACAGCUCUGCUCAAUGCCACUGGGAGGGCCUGACCUUGAGGAGGUCGACCUGCUCACCUACCGCACCCUCCAAGGCAUCCUUCAUCUAGAAAACAGUGGAAUCACGGAGGAUAAUUUCCAUGUGAUGAUCCCACUGGACUCGUUCAUGGCCCACAGUGCUGAUGGAAGGCUGGUACCUGUGGUUCCUGGGGGUCAAAACAUAUCCCUCACCUUUGCCAACAAGACUGAAUAUGUGGAGAGAGCUCUGGACUACAGACUGCAUGAGAUGGAUUCACAGGUGGCCGCUGUCAGAGAGGGCAUGUCCACCAUCAUCCCCGUGCCCCUCCUCUCCCUGCUCACGGCGCUGCAGCUGGAACAGCUGGUCUGCGGCCUGCCCGAGGUCUCUGUUGAGAUGCUGAAGAAGCUGGUGCGCUACCGUGACAUCACCGACAGCCACGAGCUCGUUGGCUGGUUCUGGAAGAGCUUGGAGGAGUUCACCAACGAGGAGAGGGUGCUGUUCCUCCGCUUCGUCUCUGGCAGGUCCAGGUUGCCGUCCAACCCGGCCGAUAUCGCCCAGAAGUUCCAGAUCAUCAAGGUUGACAGGCCUGUCAACGGCCUCCCUACGGCUCAGACCUGCUUCUUCCUGCUCCGCCUGCCCCCGUACACGAGUCAGGCCAUUCUCGCCGAGCGUCUGCGUUACUCCAUCCACAACUGCCCCUCCAUCGACAUGGACAACUACAUGCUGACCCACAACACGGACCCAGUGGACAGCUCCGACACCGAGGACUGAGGCAGAAAGCUGCGGCUCACAUGGCGAUGAAUGUAUCUUCUCCGAUGCCAUGCACAUUAUGCACUGAACACAGAGUUUUAUUGGCCAAACCUGUACGGUAGUGUACUGUUUAUAUGUCCGUUGGUUUCAAGAUGUGUGUAGUUCUGAUUUUACGACUGUGAAAGGUGUAAUUAUCACGGGGCUUACUCUGAAUCAAAACUACAGGGAUCCGGAGUAAGAUUUCAAAAAUAUAGGCGACUAAGCCACAAUAAAGGAGUUAAUGUGCCUGUUUGUUUGAAAAUAUGUAAUAAUUUAAUGAGCUGCCAAACAUAGGCAGUGUUAUUGUAAAAUAAAGAGUGUUUAAAUAAG